AUGACAGGCGAGAACUCUGGCCGGCUCGUUGGUAUCGGACCAAACAGCGACGCAAACGCUCGUCGCCCCGGCUUCCCUGAAUUCGCCCUCGUCAACAGGGAGAGCUUCCACGCCUUUCUCCAGGCGUACAUCCGCAUUGACAAGAACCCCCUCGACCCCAUUGUCUACCAUCCUUCUCUUUAUUCCUCGUCCAAUGAAUCCAACAAGCUCUACUCCAACGCCGCGGCCCUUCUUCCCAACGUCGACUGCAUCUAUCUCAACCCCCGCACUGACGAGAUCUCCCUGGGCUAUAAGACCGAGCUCCCCGACCCCAACUGGGUGCCCGGAUUCAUUCAAGCAGACCUCGGUACCGCCAUCAACAUCCAGAUCAAAAUGGCCCGCAUCGUGACUGAAGAUUUCGAGGACAACUGCCGCUACGACUACCCCGGCCAGCUCUUCGAGUCCCUCGACAACGAGCCCGUCGCCAGCAUCGACAUGGACGCCUGCAAGUACCGCAACGCCGACCAGGUCACCGUCAUCGUCCCCGGCUUCGACAAGGACGUCUGGGGUUCCCUCUCCGGUGCCGUCUCCUUCGUCGCCCACUACAACGUCGACACCAAGCGCGUCUUCGUCGACGAUGACUACGAUGGCGCCGACGACAAGGCCCUCGAGACCUUCCGUCUCGAGGUCCCUCACAAGUCGGACGGAACCAGCGAAGCGUCGGACGAGACCAACGGAGAGUCGGACGAGACCACGCUGCUCGCGGUUCGGAUCGUCUUCCACCGCGGCUCGGAUGAGAACUACCACGGUCACGAGCUCAAGCCCAUCGUGGCUGCCGACCUCGCCGACCUGGGUGACAUGAGUUACCCAGGUCGUAUGGAGAGAGUGUACUGGGAGAUUGCCGCCCAGGCCGUCAACCACCGCCUUUUCUGA